UUGUGAAUGACUGACUCAGUCUGCGGCGCGCGAGUGUGUGUGUAGUGAAGUUCCAUGCAUCCACGUUGCUCAGCUAUCGUGUAACGUGUGUGAGUUGGUGCGGUUUUUCUUGGAAAUACUGGGAGCCUAGCAGUGCCCGCCCCCAAUUCUGCACCCAGAUCAAGAUCCUGAUGCGUAUACGCAUGUGUCACAAUGAGGACUAUUAAAUAUUAUUGAUGGAAUGAAAACAAGGAGAAGCAAAACAAAAGGAAUUUGUUUAAUGGCACCGAAAUGAGGUCGAGUAGCUAGCAUCGGAAAUCCAGCCCUACUGACAACACUGUUUGAAUUCCGGAGCCAAGUGCACACCCUGCUUUGAUGUGUGACCUGUGUGACCUCCAUUGACCUUUGACCCCAGGUGUCGGUCAGCCACGCCCCAGCAGCCAUGCCCUCUGUUCUGACACCACUCCCUACUGGGGAAUAUGGGGACUUUCUCAAUGUACGUGGGACCGGGGCGACAGGAACAGAAAAGACAGACCCAAAGAGGGAUGAAGUCGUUCCUGAAGCGUUCAAUUUUUGGGAGCAUGCCAACGCGCCCUACCUUAUAGCCAUUGGAUGUGCAAUUGCCAUUGUUGUUCUUGUCAUUGUGCUGCUAUGUAUAUGCAGGGCUUGGCGCAGGGCCAAGCACCUCAGGGAAGAAAACACGAGAAUAUGCGUACAAUCGACAAUCAAGCCGUCGAUACGGGAGGGCCAGCCCGUGCAGCCCGAGGCCGGUUACACGUAUUCUUCCUGUGCUACCAGUCAGCCAAUCAAAAUUAAGUCCAAAGGCCUGCAUGAAAGGAGAAGUUCGGGGGUGUCUCUAACGAUAGACAUCAACCAGCCAGUAGGGACAGUAAGAUGGACAGCAUCUCCCCCAAGGGAAAGCUCUGUGGCGGAGUAUCUAGAAUCGGCAGGCAACAGAAUGACGAGAAAACAGCUACGCAAUUCAGUCAAAAACAUCCGAGCGUUGCACGAGGAAUUCUGGGACAUCCCAGAUAACCACACAGUCAACAUCGAGGUGCCCGGUUCAGCCUCCAAAAACCGCUACCCGAAAAUAUUGCCAAAUCCCGCGACCCGGGUCAUACUUCCCUCGAUAGUAGGGGAUACGCUCUCCGACUACAUCAAUGCUAACUACAUCAGGGGCUAUGACAGGGAAGCCCAGGCUUUCAUAGCAACGCAAGGCCCCAUGGUCCACACAUUCGCUGACUUCUGGCGGAUGGCCUGGUUUGCAAAGGCGCCCAUCAUCGUCAUGGUAACCAAACUUAAAGAAAGAAACAAGAAUAAAUGUGACAAGUACUGGCCGCCUCAGCAAGGUAUCUACGGCGACAUUGAGGUCAACGUUCUUCAAGUUGAUCGCAAGGAUGAUUAUAUACUUAGGAUAUUAAACUUAAAGUACUUAGAGGAGAGUCGACAGAUGCUGCAUUACUGGUACACAUCCUGGCCGGACAACAAGGCACCAGAGAACCCACUGACGCUACUGGAAAUGAUCAAAGAAGUGGAGAUAUCCCGAAUGGACACCGGUCUACCACGGGGACCAGUGGUGGUCCACUGUAGUGCUGGGCUUGGCAGAACGGGCUGCUACAUUGCCAUCAGCAUUGGCAUGAGAAACCUAGAAGAGGAAAAGAUGGUGGAUGUUCUUGGUAUCGUCUGCCAGAUGAGACAAGACAGGGGCGGAAUGAUUCAGACAAACGAACAGUACGAAUUUGUGCACCAGGCCCUCUGCAUGUACGAGAGGAGACUUCCGGAAAAUGGAACGUCGACAGACUGAGCGCGUAGCAACCGUCAAUUACACUCAUCAGCACCCUUAGCAACGUAGGCAUGUUAGUUGUGGAUUUGUUACUCCAGUAUUAACAGAAUGAGCACACCAUUUUAUUAAACCAAGAGGUGUGCAAGUCAAGUCUACUGCACAUCAAUAGUCGUCAAAUAUGUACCUCUGCUGGUAAACGAUUUUGUACAAAGACGCUGUAGCACUAUUGAAAUGGAAACAAAGGAAGAUGGGGCAAAUUUCAUGAAGCUAUUAUGCGUUGAAAUUUGCUCAGUGCAGAAACUAUUUGCUUAGCAGACACAGGUUACCAGCCAAAAUGCAAUGCGAUGUGUACUACUUGUGGCUGGUUCACAGCAGAUUUUUGCUUAGCAUAUAAAUUUGCCAAACAAUAUUUUGUGGUGUACAUGCAACAAGGUCAUAUCUUCUAAAAUGGGCCGUACGUUAUAAGCGAGUUUCAGAAUGUGAAAAGGUCGUAUCUCACUGAAAAUAACCUGUCAAUUGUUGCAGAAUGGAUUUUACGACCUUGUUGCACUGAUGCGACAAUUUUACCGCUUAGCUCCAUGAAAUUUGCCCCUAUAAUUUUGAAGAUUGAUUCAGUGAGAGCAUGUUCAUGCCCAGAAGCAGUCUUGGUUCCAAGAUCUUUGUGUGUUUUUUUUUCCACAAAGAAAAUAUUUACCGUACGUACAUGUACGUAUAGUAAGUGCACGAUACUCCCGCGAUAUGAUAGCACCAACGUAAAGACGCAGUUAUCAAUUCUAUAACAUGCAUGUAUUCGAUUCUGUAAUGGAUUAUGUUUAUCUAACAAGUAUCAAUUCUUUCAGACUUGUCUUUGAUUCUGGCCUUCCACAAAGACCCGUCAUUAGAUAGCAAUAUUGUACUGUAAAUUGCGCCCUCAGUUGAUGGAAUAUUUUUCUAAGUCCGAAGGUGUUCAUGCGAAACAAAGACCACAUAGGUAGUAACAUCUUGGAACCAAGACUAACCCAGAAGACUUUCUAUCAACCCACUAGCACAUGUACGACAUUGUAUCAUAUUGUAUUGAUUCCUUGACGAUUCCAUAAAACUGUAGCGCGCCCGGGCAGUUUUUGGGCAGUUUUUGAGAAUAACAGGCAGGGCAGUUUGGGGCAGUUUACAGGGACUUUAAAGUGUUUAAGCUGUGAAUUACGUAACAGAUGUUGAUAGCUCUGCUGUUUUUUUAACAGUGACGUGCGUUUGGACAAACGUAAAUCUGGAGUGUUUUGCUGUGAGUGCAUACUAGAAAUUGUCUCAAAAUUGUGUAAAGAAAAACAAUUAAA